CCCUGCGAUAAAGUGUCCUCGUCACUUCCGGCUUCCUUUUCCCUGCUGGCUGCCGGGCGCGUGAGGGAUUUGCUUGUGUGCCGAACUCCUCGGAACCAUGGCAUCCCUUUCCCUUGCACCUGUUAACAUCUUCAAGGCUGGAGCUGAUGAAGAGAGAGCGGAGACAGCUCGUCUGUCAUCAUUUAUUGGUGCCAUCGCCAUUGGAGACUUGGUGAAGAGCACAUUGGGACCCAAGGGCAUGGACAAAAUUCUUUUAAGUAGUGGACGAGAUGCCUCUCUCAUGGUAACCAAUGAUGGUGCCACUAUUCUAAAAAAUAUUGGUGUUGACAACCCAGCAGCUAAAGUUUUAGUUGAUAUGUCAAGGGUUCAAGAUGAUGAAGUUGGUGAUGGCACUACCUCUGUUACUGUUUUAGCAGCAGAAUUACUAAGGGAAGCAGAAUCUUUAAUUGCAAAAAAGAUUCAUCCACAGACCAUUAUUGCGGGUUGGAGAGAAGCCACAAAGGCUGCAAGAGAAGCUCUGUUGAGUUCUGCUGUUGAUCACGGUUCUGAUGAAGUUAAGUUCCGUCAAGAUUUAAUGAAUAUUGCAGGAACAACAUUAUCCUCAAAACUUCUUACUCAUCACAAAGAUCACUUUACCAAAUUAGCUGUAGAAGCUGUUCUCAGACUGAAAGGUUCUGGUAAUCUGGAGGCGAUUCAUGUCAUCAAGAAGCUAGGAGGGAGUCUGGCAGAUUCUUAUUUAGAUGAAGGAUUCCUAUUGGAUAAAAAAAUUGGAGUAAAUCAACCAAAGCGAAUUGAAAAUGCAAAAAUUCUUAUUGCAAACACUGGAAUGGAUACAGACAAAAUAAAGAUAUUUGGUUCCCGGGUAAGAGUUGAUUCUACAGCAAAGGUUGCAGAAAUUGAACAUGCGGAAAAGGAAAAAAUGAAGGAGAAAGUUGAACGUAUUCUUAAGCAUGGAAUAAACUGCUUUAUUAACAGGCAAUUAAUUUAUAAUUAUCCUGAACAGCUUUUUGGUGCUGCUGGUGUCAUGGCUAUUGAGCAUGCAGAUUUUGCAGGUGUAGAGCGCCUGGCCCUUGUUACAGGUGGAGAAAUUGCUUCUACCUUUGAUCACCCAGAACUGGUGAAGCUUGGAAGUUGCAAACUUAUUGAGGAAGUCAUGAUUGGAGAAGAUAAACUCAUUCACUUUUCUGGGGUUGCCCUUGGUGAGGCUUGUACCAUUGUUUUGCGUGGUGCCACUCAACAAAUUUUAGAUGAAGCAGAAAGAUCUUUGCAUGAUGCUCUUUGUGUUCUUGCCCAAACUGUGAAGGAUUCUAGAACAGUAUAUGGAGGAGGCUGUUCUGAGAUGCUGAUGGCGCAUGCUGUGACACAGCUUGCCAGUAGAACACCAGGCAAAGAAGCUGUUGCAAUGGAGUCUUAUGCUAAAGCACUGAGAAUGUUACCAACCAUCAUAGCUGACAAUGCAGGCUAUGACAGCGCAGAUUUGGUGGCACAGCUCCGAGCUGCUCACAGUGAAGGCAAUAUAACUGCUGGACUGGAUAUGAAAGAAGGUACCAUAGGAGAUAUGGCAAUAUUGGGCAUCACAGAAAGUUUCCAAGUGAAGCGGCAAGUUCUUUUGAGUGCAGCUGAAGCAGCAGAGGUGAUUCUACGUGUGGACAACAUCAUCAAAGCAGCACCAAGGAAACGUGUCCCUGAUCAUCAUCCCUGUUAAGCAUUCCCAAAUGCUGUUGAUCUCUGGACCAGUUCAUAACAAAGUUCUAUUCAAAAGAUUUCAACCUUUAGAAGAAACCUGUGGAAUCGAUGGCUGGCUGUGCCCAUUAUAUCCUUAAGUUUGGACAUUAGCUGACCUUCUGUUUUAACGUGGGUCUAAUUUAUUUGCUGUUUCAUUUCCAUACAAUUCAGUUGAUUUAAAAGUUCAUUUCUCAUAGCGUGCAUUAAAAUUUUGAACAAUUACUUAGUUCUUAUGUCUUAUGCUCUUUGUGUACCCUAUUUGAAAUAUGCUUAAUGGAAGUGAAUGAUUGCAUUUUCAGUAUAGAGUUGAUCCACUUAAUGAUUAACCUAGUGUGUAUGAGGCCUUGGGUUUGAUUCCUCAGUACCACAAAAACUAAAAAGACAAAACCCGAGAUUGAAUCCAGGAGUGUUUUACCACUAAGCUGCAUCCCCAGUUCCUAGUUCUUUUUUAUUUUCAGAUGAGGUCUUGCCAGGUUGAUGAGUUUCAUGAUGAGUCGCUGAGAUUGUCUUUGAACUGCCUCUGCCUCUCAAAUAGCUGGGACUGUAGGUGUUUGCCAUUGUGCCUGGCUUUGAAACUUAAUAGCAAUUUUUAAAUGCUUUGAUGAUUUUUGAUUUCUAGAAUAAUGGAAAGGGCAGAGAAUAUUCACUUCAAAUUUAAAAAUGAACUCCUUAAGAACUAGGUGUGUUCUAUACAGGUAAAUCAGGAGAAUUUGACACAAUGUUGUGGUUAUAUUUUUUACAUUAAGUACAAUAGAUAUUAUAGUUGAAAAAUGUUUUGAUGGUGAGGGAGUGGUCUAUAGCAGUUUAUACUUUUUCCUUUAAGCAAGGAUUUAUAUUGAUUUUAGGGUAAAUUUAAGUGUUGUGCUUAGAAAAAGAAUAUGUUAUGUAAACAUUUACUGUCACAUGCCAAGCACUGUUCUGUUCAUUUUAUACACAGUAAUUGGUUUAAUCCUUACAAUGCCCUAUUUGAUAGAAACUGUUUUUCUGAUAAGGAAAUGGGACAAAGGUGGUAACUGACCAGUAAGGGCAGAGCCUGGAUUUGAUCCCAGAUGGUAUGAAGGACCAUGCUCACAGCUAUGAUGCUAUACUGUUUCUGGAUCACUCGUGUGCUUUUUGUUAAGGUUGAGUUCAGUUGACUUUUUAAGCAUAAAAUUACAAAUAGUGAUGUUGCUUGCAUUACAGUAUAAAAUAAAAAAGGAAGUUUGGUUGCUGA